UACGAAUCGUCAGUCGAAGCGGUACAAACGUUGGUGUCGUAUUCACAGCAAACCGUUCGGGAAAAACAGCUCUUUGCUCGGUCUCAUGAAAAAUGGAAUGGAGUGAAACGAGUUUUUGAAAAAAUAAAGCCACACACUGCAACUGAAGAAAUAAUUUCGCUAAACAGCAGCGGCAGCGCAGUGUCGCAGGAGGUGAAAACCAAUAGAAAGCAAAAUUGUGAUAAAGUUUUUAUUUCAUGAAAAUGAAGUAAAGAUAUUGAAAAGAGAUUACAUACGUAAUCAGCGCAAUUUGGCGAACGACGAAUGAAGAAACCGAAAAAACCCUGUCAAUCCGGGCGUCGGAACGGAAUAGAUGAAGAAAAAGAAAAACGGCUGAAGAAAACGGAAAUAUAUAACCCAAUGCAGCGGUAGAUGAGUGAACCUGUAAUACGUAACGUCACUGGAAAAUUUAGAACCAAUUGAUUGAAACGAUUGCUACUGUACCGAAAGUGCAAGUGCGAGACGAAUAGUGAAACGUUGGAAAAUAAUCAAAAUGAACUUUUGAUCUUCGAGUGCGGUAAUGUGAUGUGAUAAUACGCUCACAAAGGGGGUAAGCCAGCAAGUGGAAACUUCAACUGAAAAAAAAGUGUCUGGAGAUAAGAGUGCAGGCUAACUAGUCGGUGAAUUUCGCAGUUCAAAAACCAUUAACCGGAGUGCGCAAACAUGUAUCGACCAAAUUUUUACGAGUCAACGUGUUUGCGGUGCAACGAGAUUGUCUACCAAGUGGACCGUGUGGGGCCCCUCAAGGAUUUUACCUUCUUUCAUUCCGGCUGUUUCAAGUGUAAAAAAUGCGGAACAAAACUAACGUUGAAAACAUACUACAACAACCAGCACAAUCACGAUGAUAAAGAGGUUUACUGCUGCUCACAUGUGCCAAAGAGUGGUCCUGGCCAUUUUGACCAAACAUCAGUUGGUAUCAGACAAGCGCUAAAUGUACCUAAGAGCACAAACUACGUCAACGAGCAAAUAAGAGGUCACCGAAACGACAGCAUCGAUGGCCAGCAACGGCAAGCCACUCCAAAUGGCUUCAACGGAAUUCGCGAAGGCAAUUCGCCGCCACAGACUGAUCCAGAUUACAAAUAUGGCAGGUUCGAUGCCAGUGCCUUACACAUUGCCCACGCGCUCAAACAAACGGAAAUUCAAAAGGCGUACGAAAAAUCGCGGGAGAAGCCGAUUGAUUAUUAUUUGGCGCGUGAAGAACAAGCCAAGCUAGAAAUGAAGCAUCGAAAAGAGGAAGAUGACUUGUACAGAAGAUUCGCCAGGAAACGGGAGGAAGAAGAUAAGCGGAUGCAAAGCGAAAUACAGGAUGAAUGGGAGCGUGAACUUCAAAGGUUGGCACACAAAUUUGAAAAGGAGAUGACGACGUCCAGACGAACCCGCGAGGAUCAGAGCAUACUGACACUGAAACACGAACAACAAAAAGAAGAUUUGGAAAAGAACAUGACAAUUCGAAAAACGAAGAAAAAAGAGAGUCUUACGAGAAAACUACUUGAACAUGAACGAUCCGAAACGGCAGCUUUGGUAGAUCGGCAAUCAAGUGAAAUGUUGGAACUUAUUAGCGCCCGACGCAGCGAGUACAUGCAAACCGAAAGUAUAUUCCUUGAUGAUGAGUUUACCGAGGGCACGGUGACAUUGGAAUAUCCAUUGGUUGCACCCAAUCCUGCCCCACCAGCGCUCAGCAAGUUCCAAAUAUAUAACGAUCCCGUCGAGUUCCAAGACGUGGAUCAGAUUGCCAUUACUGUAGCUCAAGAAGACCAGAAAACCUUCACCGACCUUGUGCGUCAGUUAGUUGGACGAUGUACGUCAGAUAUCGAGAAAGCCAGAACUAUAUUCAGGUGGAUCACGGUCAAGAAUCUGAACACAAUGACGUUCGACGAUGACCUGCGGGGAGAUACACCGAUGGGAUUACUUCGGGGCAUCAAGUUUGGAACCGAGAGCUAUCACGUUCUUUUCAAAAGAUUGUGCAGCUAUGCUGGACUGCAUUGUGUAGUUAUAAAAGGCUAUUCAAAAAGUGCAGGCUAUCAACCAGGAGUUAAAUUCCAGGAUUCUAGCCAUCCGAAAAACUCAAGAUUUAGAAACUCAUGGAACGCGGUAUACGUGGCAGGUGCUUGGCGUUUUGUACAAUGUAAUUGGGGUGCUCGUCAUCUGGUGAACGCAAAGGAAGCACCGAAGAGUGGCAAAGGUAAAAAUGACAGUCUACGAUAUGAGUACGAUGACCAUUACUUCCUCACGGAUCCUCGAGAGUUCAUCUACGAGUUCUUCCCGCUCCAAGAGGACUGGCAACUACUCAAGCGAACAAUCACGCUGAAUGAUUUCGAGAAUCUUCCUUUCGUGCGUUCGUUAUUCUUCCGUUAUGGACUUCACUUUGCUGAUGAAGGAUAUGGUGCUGUUGUAUAUACCGAUGACACAGGUGCAGCGACAGUGAGAAUAGCUAUGCCAUCAGACAUGCAAGGUUGUUUGAUAUUCCAUUAUAAUCUCAAGUUCUACGACAGCGAAGAAGAUUCUUACGAUGGGGUAUCACUCAAACGCUUUGUCAUGCAAUCCGUGAUAAGCAACAUAGUUGCAUUCCGAGUGCAUGCACCUUGUUCCGGAGCAUUUCUAUUGGAUAUUUUUGCAAAUGCUGUUACACCCCAAGAGUACCUGACCGGCGAACCGAUGAAGUUCAAGAGUGUAUGCAAAUUUAAGAUUUGCUGCGAGGAGUUACAGACUGUCAUGGUUCCACUUCCAGAUUGUGCUAGUGGAGAGUGGGGACCAACAAAGGCAACUAGACUAUUCGGGCUCAUACCAAUUACUCAUCAGGAACCUUUGAUUUUUGCCGGACGAGGAAUUGAGCUGCAGUUCCGAAUGUCACGUCCGUUGACGGACUUUAUGGCAACCCUACACAAAAAUGGCAUUGAAGAGAAAAAACUCUCCAAAUAUGUCCAACACAACGUUGUAGGAGACACUAUCACUUUCAACAUUAGCUUUCCUCAAGAGGGCCAGUAUGGCUUAGACAUUUAUACGCGAGAAGUUGGAUCUAUCAAUAACAACAACAACUCAUCGAACGAGAAACAUCUGCUGACACAUUGUUGCAAAUAUUUGAUCAAUUCUUCAAAGAGAAACUAACAGCUGCUUUCAGAAACUUCUCCGUAUCAAUUUCUUGCUUCCCAAGAUAUAUCUAUAUAGCUGUAGGUAUCGUUAUGUUCGUUGCAUCACUUUGUUAUUUGUUCUUGUAAAUAUAGAUGAUAAUAAUGUUCGCUUCGAGAUGAAUCUAUUUUAAUAUAAUGUUUAAUGAAAACUAAUAUUUAUUUUACCAGUAACUAGCUUAAUAUGUUGAGCACUAAUACAGAACCAAGACACAAUGAUGUACAUAAAUUACAAGAUGAACGGAUAUUUCUCUAUCAAAUAAAUUGUACAUUUCUGAACUCACCGUU